AUGUUUCCAAGAAUAUUUCAUCAAACAAUUCGGGAUUUUGCUGUCAAUUCGGUUUUUAAGUUAUUUUCUUCUAAUACUAGCAGAAUCUUAACUUUUACUUCUGCUAACUCAUUGAAAUAUAAUCAUACAGAUAUAUUUCAUCGUCAACCACUGGGUGAUCAAAAAACAGAGUUUCAAAUUCAUAUAAAUAAAAAUAUGAGAGUUUCACGUGAAAAUAAAUUUUCCUCAUCAAAUUAUGAAGGAGAUAGAGGAUAUAGAAAUGGAAUGAGUGGAAGUUCCCGUAAUAUUAAUAGAUAUCAGUCGUCACGCAAUGCCCCACCAAGUGGUAGUUUUGGUAGACCAUCUAAUGGUAAUAAUUACAAUAAGAGGGACAAUACUCAAUCUGAUUCUCCAUCAAAACUUCAAGAUGUAGAUUGGUCAAGAUAUCAAUUACAACCUAUUCAGAAGAAUUUCUACAAAGAAGCUAGUGCUGUCACAGAAAGAGAACAGUAUGAAAUAGAUGAAUGGAUUGCUAAUAAUCAAGUAACACUCCAAGGAAAAAAUAUUCCUAAACCAGUUUUUGGAUUCGAUGAAUUACCAAUUGAUGAACCAUUGUUGGAUCUUCUUAAUAAGUGUUACCAGAAACCAACAGUAAUUCAAUCGAUUUCUUGGCCAAUUGCUAUGAGUGGAAGAGAUAUUAUCUCUAUUGCUAGAACUGGAUCUGGUAAAACUCUUGGUUUUAUUCUUCCAGCUAUUAAUCAUAUUCGAAAUCAACCAAAAAGAGGCCAUGGAGAUGGACCCGGUGCACUUGUUUUACUUCCUACUAGAGAACUUGCACAACAAGUUGAAGAUGUUUCUCGUGAUUAUUGUAAUGCUACUAAUAUGAAAAUGUGUUGUCUUUUUGGAGGUACCUCUAAAGGUGGACAAGCUCGUGAUUUACAGCGUGGUGUUGAUAUUAUUGUUGCUACACCUGGAAGGCUUAUUGACUUUCUUUUAACUGAAACUACCAAUUUAAGAAGAUGUUCUUUCUUAGUUCUUGAUGAAGCCGAUCGAAUGCUUGACAUGGGUUUUGAACCCCAAAUUAGAAAAAUUAUUGGACAAAUUAGACCUGAUCGUCAAACAAUGAUGUUUUCAGCUACUUGGCCAAAAGAAGUACGUAAUAUGGCUUCAGAAUUUCAAAAAGAUCCUGCUUUUCUUAAUGUUGGUUCUCUUGAACUUUCUGCUAAUCACAAUAUUACUCAACAUAUUGAAAUUAUUGAAGAACAUGAAAAGCAACCACGUAUGCUUCAAUUGUUAGAUGGUAUUCUUAAGACUGCCGAACCGAAAACAUUGAUUUUUGUUGAGACAAAGAGAAAGGCUGAUGAACUUACAAGAAGUAUGCGUCGCGAAGGAUGGCCUGCAAUGUGUAUUCAUGGAGACAAAGGACAAUCAGAACGUGAUUGGGUUUUGAGACAAUUUAAAGAAGGAAAAACUCCAAUUCUUCUUGCUACCGAUGUUGCUGCUCGUGGAUUAGAUGUUAAUGAUAUAAAAUAUGUAAUAAAUUUUGAUUAUCCAAACAACUCAGAGGAUUAUGUUCAUAGAAUUGGACGUACAGGUCGUAGUGAUCGUAAAGGUGAUGCUUAUACAUUUUUUACUCCUGGUAAUGCUGGAAAAGCUCGUGAUUUGAUAAAAAUUCUUGAAGAAGCUAAACAAAAAGUUCCCCAAGCAUUAUAUUCAUUUGCAGAAAGUUCAUCACACGGUGGUAAUGGAAGAGGAAAUAAACGACCAUAUGGUGGUAACGGUGGCGGUUAUAGUAAACGCAUGCGUUACAACAAUUGGUAA